CAUAACUUGCUAUUGUGUUUCUUUCUAGACUCUCAAGGUCCCAAGCCCACUGAAAAUCUCUUAGACAGCAGCAUGAAGAGCCAGGUCUUCAAGAAUGUUGACCUCAUGCUGAAGGCAACUCCGAUGGUUCCCGAAGGCUCCCUGGUCUAUGUGACAGAACAAAAUAAAGUUUUCAUUCGACUGCUUAAUGGUUGGAGCAAACUCUGUCUUGAAGACUUCUUCCCUGGCAUUGCUUCUGAUGAUCCUGCUGUAUCAGUUAAAGUGCCUGAUGACUCUCCUGUUCAAAAAUCUGUGGUUAAAGUGCCUGAUGGCUCCCCUGUUCAAGGAUCAGUGCUUCACCUGGUGGCUCUGAACACUCCCCUCACGGGUGAAAUGACUGGGAUCCGGGGCGCUGACCUACAGUGUUUCCAGCAGGCUCGGGAAGCCGGAUUGCAAGGAACUUUCCGAGCCUUCCUCACCUCCAAUAACCAGGACUUGAUCUCCAUCGUGAGGAGAUCUGACAGGAUCGCCGUACCAAUUGUCAAUCUCAAGGGUGAAACGCUGUUUUACAAUUGGGACUCCCUCUUCAGUGGCUCUGGGGGACAUUUUAACGCCAAGGUGCCUAUAUAUUCAUUCCAAGGACAAAAUGUCAUGACUCAUUCCACAUG